UUAAGAACAACGGAAGUCUUGUGAAAUGUGUAGAACACGAAAAUAAGCAAUAGAUUUUAUUUUUAUGGAAAAAAACUUUGAUUUUCUAACUGUCAGUAGUAAUUCAUUUCCCCAAUAGAAUAUAGUUAUUAUAUACGCCGAGAUAAUGUAAUAGUCAUGUAAACAAGUGUAAAAUUGAAGGAACUAAAAUUUAUUUUUGUUAUAAUAUUUAUUUACAUACACCGUGUUUGAAUCGUUCAGGUAAUAUGUUGUGAUGCAAAAUUAACAAUAGUUACAUGACUUCAUACUUUAAAAAACCGUACAUUUAUUUUCGUGUUUUGCACUUAUAAAUUAUGUCAAACAACGAGGAUAAAAUUAGUUUUAUAAAUAAAUACGAUUCAGAAACAGCGGACUAUGGAAGUUUGUCUACAGGAGAAUCGCGACCACAUGAAAUGGGAGACGAGAACAACGGCGCCGAUCUGGCGGCACAACAGCAAUUUCGUAUGCAGCCACGGAAACAAUACAACAUGAACAUCACCGACCACAAUGACCGGCCUUCGAGGUGGUCAUCGCUGCUGUCCUGGUCCGAUAAUCGGUGGCCGGCAACUGUGGCAGAAGCUAUCGCGGUCGUAUUGUCCGUGGCCGUGGCCUGGUGUCUGCUUCUCGUGAACGUGACRCCGGCGCUGAUGGCCGUACCCGGUGGCAGCGUGGCAUCCAUAUUCAUGCUGUACGUGGCCGGGCUGGCCGCUGGCCACAUCGUCGACGUGGUAGGUGGCCUCCCUCCGCUGCUAGGCAUGAUGGUGGCCGGCAUAGCUCUCCAAAACUUCGGCCUGUACACCGUCACUGCCAAUUGGUGCGACCACCUGGUGGCAAUAAUGCGAGAGGCUGCGCUGUCGGUAAUCUUGAUCAAAGGUGGUUUAGAAAUGAACGCAACCCAAUUGCGUCGGCUCAGUGGUGCUGUAACCAGACUGGCGCUGUUGCCAUGCAUAGCCGAGGCAGUGGCCGCGGCCGUGGCUGCACAUUAUAUUUUGCCUGAUUUUUCUUGGGGAUGGGGUCUGAUGCUCGGGUUCAUUUUAUCGGCCGUCAGUCCAGCUGUUUUAGUCCCAAAUUUGUUACGGUUGAAACAUAUGGGUUACGGUGAAAAAAACGGCGUGAACACGCUGGUGAUAGCUGCGUCGAGUUUAGAUGACAUUGUGUCAAUUAGCGCUUUUGGUGUUUUGUUGGGCAUCGUUUUUUCAACUGGCAACUUGACCAGUAAGAUUGUUCAAGGACCCGAAGACGUUUGCAUUGGGACUGCGUUGGGACUUGUGUGGGGAUUCCUCUUGAUUUUUGUGCCGCCUGCACCGUGGGCAAAUGUGUAUAACACCACCCAAAAAGACAAACUCGAUGUCAAUGACGAAAAACAAGCGGACCGGUCAGUGACAGCCAUGAGAGCGUUUUUGUUGGGCGCCGGUGGUAUUCUGGCCGUGACCGGUAGUCAGUGGUACGGGUAUCCUGGAGCUGGUCCAUUGGCUUGCAUCAUAUCGUCGUUCGUGGCGGGUACUGGUUGGAAGUGGAGGGAAAAAAAGCAAAACUGUAACAGUCCAACCAUGAUUUCGACACUCGACGAUGAAGACGAAGGAGCCCACAACGAGACAAACCCGGUUGAAGCGGUGUUCGAGUCCAUUUGGUUUGGGCUCCAGCCGAUUUUGUUUGCGUCCAUAGGCACUGAAGUCAAAUUCGAACUCCUCGUGGGUGGUGACAUUAUCAUUGCCGGACUGUUGGUACUUAUCGCCGGAUUGAUAGUUCGUUUAAUUGUAACAUCAUGUGCAGUUUGGGGAGCAGGAUUCAACAUUAAAGAAGUGAUAUUUAUUAAUAUUGCGUGGCUUCCCAAAGCAACUGUCCAGGCUGCACUCGCUCCGGUAGCGUUGGACAUGGCGAGAAUGAUGGGGACAGAAGCGGACAAAGAAAGUGCUAGUCGAUUGUUAACCAUCGCUGUAAUCUCCAUACUAGUUACAGCCCCUAUAGGUGCAUUCGGCAUUCAAUGGCUUGGUCCCAGGUUGUUGUCUAGCUCCAGUCGAUAACUACAAACUUCUUUUCUUGGAAUGUGCUUGAUAUUAAUUUACCAUCACGCUCACCUGUGUAUUUAUUAUUUAAUCAUUUAUUGAAUUAAUUUUAUUUAUAAAACACUAUUUAAUUGCAAUGACUAAUAAAAUA